AUGACAUCAUCUGACAGCAACCAGGAAACAUUUUGUCACUGUUCAGUGCUCACGGACAGGAGACAAGCCAACGCUCAGACUGACGCUUCAUUCUGAGACAAAAUGGCUUCCAGAUCAGAGGAGGAUCUCUGCUGUCCCGUCUGUCAGGACAUCUUUAGAGAUCCUGUUGUUCUGUCAUGUAGCCACAGCUUCUGUAAAGACUGUCUGGACAUCUGGUGGAAAGAGAAACCAACACGUGAGUGUCCAGUCUGUAAGAAAAGAUCUUCAAAGGAACAUCCACCUUGUAACCUGGUGCUGAAGAACCUGUGUGAGGCCUUCUCGUUGGAGGAACAUCAGAGAACUUCAGAGGGUCUCUGCAGUCUGCACUUUGAGAAACUCAGACUCUUCUGUCUGGACCAUCAGCAGCCAGUGUGUCUCGUCUGCAGAGACUCAGAACAACACACCAACCACACAUUCAGACCCAUCAAUGAAGCUGCACAACAACACAAGAAGAAACUUCAGGAAACUCUGGAGCCCUUAAAGGAGAAGCUGAAGGUUCUUGAACAAGUUAAAGUGAAGUUUGAUCAAACAGCAGAACACAUUAAGGUCCAGGCCCGACACACACAGAGGAGGAUUCAGGAUCAGUUUAAGAAGCUCCACCAGUUUCUGAAAGAGGAAGAGGAGGCCAGGAUGGCUGCACUGAGGGAGGAAGAGGAGCAGAAGAGUCAGAUGAUGAAGGAGAAGAUGGAGGCUCUGAGCAGACAGAUAGCAGCUCUUUCAGACACAGUCAGAGCCACAGAGGACGAGCUGAGAGCUGAAGACGUCUCAUUCCUGAACAACUACAAGGCUGCAGUGGAAAGAGUCCAGCAGCGCCCCCUGCUGGAUGAGCCACAGCUGCUCCCAGGAGCUCUGAUAGACGAGGCCAAACACCUGGGCAACCUGACCUUCAACAUCUGGAACAAGAUGAAGGAGAAGGUCUCCUACACUCCUGUGGUUCUGGAUCCAAACACUGCUGGUCCAAAAUUCAUCCUGUCUGAAGAUCUGAGCAGCGUGAGAUGGGGAGAGGAACAGCAGCUUCCUGACAAUCCAGAGAGGUUUAAGUACUGGUUUGUUCUGGGCUCUGAGGGCUUUGACUCAGGGACUCACAGCUGGGAUGUUGAGGUUGGAGACAGUCCAGACUGGACUCUGGGUGUGUGUUCAGAGUCUGUCCAGAGGAAAGGACACAUACAGUCUGGACUGUGGAUAAUAUGGUUCAAAGAAGAUAAAUACUUAGCAUGGUCACCACCAGCUCCACACACUGAUCUCGUAGUGCAGAAGAAGCUCCAGAGGAUCAGAGUGAAUCUGGACUGGAAUGGAGGAAAGCUGUGGUUCUCUGAUCCUGAUACUAACACACACAUACACACCUUCACACACACUUUCACUGACAGGAUGUUUCCAUUCAUUUCCACUGUGCACAAUCUGAAGAUCUUACCAGUGAAGGUCUGUGUGACAGUGAAGUAGAGCAGAUAGUCUUCAUUUGAAGUUGGUGAUCGCUACGCAAAUACUACUAAAUUUUUGAAUGUUAAUGUGUGUCCAUAUAUUUAUGUGGACGUAUACAUGUAUAAGCUAAUAAAUGAUAAAACUAGACAUUAGACUAGACUUUAUUGAUCUCUGUUUGACAGUAAAGCAAAGUGAAACAGUGGAUAAGGAAAAUAAAUAGUGCUGAUGAUGAUACAGACUCUAAAAACAGAAUCAUCAACAAUGGGUUUAAAGAAAAUCAUAUCCCAUUUAUAUCCUCACGUAGAGCACAUCCAUGUCAUAAAUUACAGGAUUUCAAAAACCUGACACUGACAAAACUGUACAACUGCUCCAACUUGAGCCUUGUCUGUUUAGUCAGUGUCUGUUUACAUUUGGUCAGGCUCCAAUGUGUGCUGGAUCAGCGGCUCGUGUUAGCGGCUGCUGUUAGCAGUGUAGCCAUGCCUGUACAGACAGCCAUCAAUGCAUUACUGUGAUACUACAGAAAAGCUACAAACAAGAUGAUUCUUCCCUCUCCACGGUUUGAGUGGAUUUAUGGACAUUUGUUUUGGAUGGACGUCCACAGGAAGUGGACUUGACACUGCAUGAUAUCCAUGUAUGUUAACGUGCCUGCCAAGAAACAAAAACUAAAUGAUUGUAAUAAUGUAAUAUUUAUGGUCAAAAAUUAAGGUUUCAAAUAUCUAGUAUCUAAUAAUACCCAAAAUGCAUAUUCCAAAUAGUAAAUGAAUGAAUAAUGAGGAACAAAUCAUCUGGAUUUUCGUUGAAUAUAGACAACAUAAUCCUCAUCAAUCAUGUUACUCAAAUCAAAGACUCAAACGAGCAGCAGAAAUUAAAGUCAUGAACUAACAGAACAUAAGUAAUUAUUUUACAUCCAUUAUUGCAUUCUGUCCCUGUUUACGGACAUCUUAUUUUUACUAUUUUACUAUUGGGUUAAUCGUGGGGUUAAUCUCCCACAACAAGGAGGAGGCCUACAGGAAGGAGGUCACCCAC